CAGGAGCCGAAGUCUGUCUCGCUCGACGAGAUCGACACAGUGGCGCUGGAGGAUCGGGGUCUGCGCAUCGUGCUCCGGGGCGGGCAGGCGAUGCUCUUUUCCGAGCUCGACGAGGGCGACGCCGCGCGCUGGGCGGAGGCCAUCGGGGCCGCGCGGCCAGGCGGCGGUAAGGAGGUAAUGCACGAAGGGGAGCUGGCUUUGACGGUGUGCGGAAAGAAGGCGACGUACCACGUCGUGCUCUACAGCGACAGUCUGCAGUACUUCAGCACCCAGGCGGCGCUGGAGAGCGGCAUGCCUGACGGCUCGUUCUCGCUACAGGAGGUGGACGACCUGGAAGUGGAGGACACGUUCUUCCUGAUGCACAUGGCCGACGGCUCGGAGGUCCUGCUGGAGGAGACCGCCGGCGGAGGCCUCCAGGGCUGGGUGGACGCCUUCUCCCAGGCCUUCGAGGGCGAGAUGGACGAGCCGGUCGGGGGCACGCCGGUCGCGGCGCCCCCAGCCGUCAAGGAGCCGCUCCACGCCAAGGAGCCGGAGGGCAGGCCCGCGGGCGGCCACGUGCACAGCGGCGUGCUGCACCUCGCCGUGGGCCCCGGGAGCGAGGUGCCCCGGUUCGUCGUCCUGCAUGGCAACAGGAUCGACCUCUUCGAGACCCAGGCCGACUAUAGCGAAAGCCGGCCCCCCCUGACCAGCAUCUGCGACGAGGACGUUACCCGGGUGAACGUCCACGACAACGCUUUCGUCAUCGGCGCGGGCGGCCACCAGCUGGAUCUGAGGGUGCCGCAGGGCGAGUCGGUGGAGGCGUGGGUGAGCGCCCUGCGCGGCAUGCUGGACGCAAGCGGGGAGGA